AUGACGACAAGCAGCAACCGGACGGCGCGGAGGGGGCCGGCGAGGAGAGUGCCGGCGCCGGCGCCGGCUGGGAGGCCGCAGAAGCCGUCGGAGUACACUGGCGUGAGGUUACGGCAGUGGGGCCGGUGGGCGGCGGAGGUCCGCGUGCCGGGCACCCGCCAGAAGCUGUGGAUCGGCACCUUCGAGACCGACAGGCAGGCGGCGCUCGCCUACGACGCCGCCGUCUUCUGCUUCUACGGCGUGCACCUGCCCAGGAGGCGCAGGUUCAACUACCCCGGCGCGCCGCGCCCCAACAUCCCCGCGUGGGUGCGCGUCCAGCUCAACGUCGCCAGCGUCAAGGCCAUCGCGCAGAGGCACGCCCGCGCCGUCGACGCCCGCCUUCCACCGCUGAUGGUGGCGGCGACAGCGUCAGCGGCGGCGGAUGGUCGUUCUUCUGCCGGUGAAGGUGCAUCUGCACUACUUGAUGACAACACGGACGGCAUGGAUGGCGAGAACCUCGUGACAAGAGCUGUUGAUGAAACAAACCUAUGCUCCAUCAUCGACGCCGAAGAAGUGACUGGCGAGAGUACUGACGUACGGUCCACGGAUAGUUGGCAAGCUCUGUGA